GGGGCGGGACCCGGGGCCGGGCGGAACCCGCCGCCCCCCCUGCCCGCGCACAGACGUCCCGGCGGCGGCGAGCGGGGAGCCGGGAUCUCGACACCCCGCUGCCUCCUGCCGCUCCAUGGCCCCGGCCGAGGCGGCGGACCCCAGCGCCCGCCGCCCCCGGGGCACCGGCCCCGGCCCCGGCGGGAGGCGCUCGGCUCGGCGGCCGCCGGAAUUGUGGCUGAGCCAGAGACGAUGACUGCAGAGAGCACCGAAUCCAAGGGGCCUAUGCGGGAAACGGAGCAUGGAGGGCCCAGGGUGCCAGUGCCCCCCGUGCCGUCGCGGCGCCGGGGUCGCCGCCUGCGGCGCAAGCCCCCGACGGAGCCCGCGCUGAAAGGGCAGCUCCGCAUGCGCUCACCCGCGGGGGCCUUCGUCAUGGUGGGCGUCUCCGUUGUCCUGGUGGGCAUGACCAUUGCUGUGGUGGGCUACUGGCCUCACCGGGGACAUGGGGGCACUGGGGCCAGCACGGGGAACACUAGUGUGGUGGGGGACAUGAAAAGGGAUGUGGCAGCUGGGCGCCACCUGCCCCACAGUGAGAAGCUGAAGCUGAUCGGCCCCGUCAUCAUGGGCAUUGGGCUCUUCAUCUUCAUCUGCGCCAACACGAUGCUGUACGAGAACAGGGACAUGGAGACCCGGCAGCUGAUGCAGAAGGGGCUCUACAGCCUGACAGUGGGGCUGCCCAAGGAGACCAGCCCUGAGUACGGGCACUGCCAGCACAGGGACAGCCAGCCCUUCCCCAAGGCCAAUGCGGAGUGCGUGGAGGGCUGUUACCAGGUGGACCUGUCCUGUCAGCCCUGCCCCAGCCCUGGCAGCAAGUGGUCCGACUGCUAUGGCCCCAACCGGCUCCAGGCCAUGGCCGAGUUCCUGCAGCACCCAUCAGCUUCCCCUGCGACCUCUCUCCACAGCCUCCGCUCCACCGAGGUCAACCUGAGCCUCCCGUGCCGCACUGGAGCCGAGUCCCUCCUGUCCUCGGCCGUGGGGGCCUUGACACUGCCCAUCAUCAAGCUCAACAACUGCUUGCUGGACGGGGCAGCACGGGAGGCUGGCGGGAGGGCAGAGAGAGGCCCUGCUGAGCAUCCCCCCAAAACAUCACAGCUCUCCCGGGCUUCGCUUUCCGUUGGUGACAGCACCGCACCCUGUGGCCAGGAUGGUGAUGGUGGCCACGUUGUCAUCAACGUGGAUGACAGCUGUCCCAGCGCGGAGCCGCUGGUGGAGCUCAGCCCCGAUGUGCACCUCCACAGCCCAGGACACUCCAAAUCCCUGGACCUUGGCCGGCCGGGGGUGUUGCUGCUGGCCCCCAUCAAGGACCGUAAGAACCGGAGCUGGCCCCGGCUGGACCACGUCAGCCUUGUGGGCUACGCCAAACUGGAAAGCACUGGCGAGUCCUUGGACCAGCUGCUGGAGCCCAGCGAGCCCCCAAGCCAGGGCGAGCCCAUACCCAGCUCCUGGGUGGUGGGGAUGGAGCAGGGCACGCAGGUCUGAUGUCCCCAGCACCUUUGGGGACUGUAACAUCCCAGUCCUUCAUCUUGGCCCCCAGCACCCAUCAACCCCAAAACCCCACACCCAGGAGGGGUUUGGGGGUGGCAUUUUUAAGCCAAUGCCAAGAGGAAGGUCCUGACCCUCCGCUCCUGGGCGAGGGCUCACCUAGGUGGGAUGUCCUUCUGGGUAGAUGCCCUUGGCCUUACAAGACCUUCUCCUGGUGGCUUUUCCAGAGGAGUCCUCACUUUGAGACCCCACAAAUUGUGGGAUAGGGACAUGGGGGCACGUGAAACCCCACCAGCCCCCACAAUACUUUUAUCUCAGCAGGGUUGGGGUGAGGAGAUGCUUUGGGGGAUGGUGUCCCCUUGUCCAGCCUCAGCCCACCAGAAAAUUUGCUUGGCCAGAGCACGUAGGCCCAACGGGGCUAUUAAAUAUUAUCUGGAUGUCAUGUGGUCAUGGCUUGCCUCCUGCUCUUGCCUGUGGGAUGCUUGGGAGGGGCAGUGCCUGCGGCAGUCUGUCCAGAGGGUUUGUGAGACCUUGUGCCCCCACCCAGACUCCACUGGAGAAGGGAUGCUCCGUAACCAGCUGCUCAACAUUCACAGGAUGAGGUGAUAAGUGCAAGGUUUGGGAUUUUUAUGGAGAGAAGGGAUGUAAGAGGUGCCCAAGGAGUUGCAAGCAGCAAGCAAGGUGCUGCUGCCCACUUGGGGUGUAGCAAUUCUGAGAGCCUCUCAGUGGAUCUGAGUUUGUUUGUGCUGGUUUUUGAUGGGAUGGAGGAUGCAAGUGGUGGGAGGAAGGAUGUGAAGGGACAGAAAGGUAGAGGAGUGUCAGUACUGGUUUUGCCAGGUCCUUUUGGUGCUGUUCUGUUACUUGGUGCCUGUUGGAUGCAGAGCAGGAGCUGUAUGGAAUGAGGCCAGAGAGGCAGCCUCAGCACUGGGGUAGAUUCCUGGAUAAAAGGGAGCUGGGGGUUCAUCCCAUCCCUUCUUACUCCCUCCAGCUCUCUCUUGGGCAGGAGGAGCCCCGGGAUGCCAGUGCAUGUGGAAGGAUGGAUUGGAGCGAUGAGACUAGCACAGCUCUGCUCUCCAGCAGCUUGGGAGGCUUCAAAAUGGCUGUGGCAGCCUAGAUGGGAUCUUUGCCUUUUACCUUCCCAAAACCAGGGCCUGUUGGGAUGGCUGAAAUCUGUUUUAUCUGUAUGAAAUGUUUGGGGGGGAAUGUUUUAUUUCUGUCUCUGCUUCUCCCUCUCUGGUCUGAAGUGAGCACAAAGUGUCAGACCUUGCAAACUUUGGAAACAACGUCCUUCUCCAGAUCAAAACAUCCCAGUGAAAUCAUUUGGAAAUUGCCUUUUCUACCCCAGCCCCCUCUUCUCCCAAAAAAGCAAACCCCACAGUGCUUUGAUGGUGGGGGGUUCUACUUUACAGGGAAAAGUUGUCUCUGUUUCCAAUGCCAGCCCUCCCAGAGAGCUUGGGUACAGCUUCCCCCAUGCAGGGACCAGAGAUGGGACCAACAGCUGUGGUUUGGGCCCAAUUGCAUCCCAAAGGAUUCUCUGGGAGUGAUACUGGUCCAAGCUCAGCUAUUUAUUUGGCUACUUAAUCUCAACAGUAUUUAGGCACUGAUUCAAUGCAAUAAACAGCAACAAGAAAAAGUCACCAUUAGGGUCUGCCCCGGAGCAGCAUUGCAGGAGAAGUGCCAGAAGGUUGUUUUUGUCCGAAAAUAACUUUUUCCUUCAGCUUAACCAUCCACAGCCAGAGCUAAUGCUGGGUUCUGGGCCAUGCUUUGGGAACUGGCAGCAAGAAAUUGGAGCCCAAAAUGCCACAAGGAGCUGCACGAGAAGCUACUGGGGGUGUUUGUUUUAAUUUUUCCCAUUCAUUUUCGGCUGAGGCUCAAUCUAACUGUGGGAAAUGGCAGGAUUGCAGGGCAGCCUGUCUGGACCAUGUGCCUGCACUAGCAUCAUCUUCUUGCCCCAUCCUCCUGCUGCCCCAUCCUCCUUCCCAGCUCAGCAGCAUCCUCCAGGGGAGCCAUUUCUGAGUCACACAGGGAUAAUUUCAAAAUACAAAGCAGCUUGAUUAAUUAAUCUGGCAGGGUGAGAAGCCCUGUGCCUUCUCCAGGGAAGAGCAGCAUCUGUGCAUGCCUCACCUUCAGCUCUGUCUGUGCACACUGUUCCCAGAGUAUUUGUGGGAUAUUAGCAGUGCUGGUUUCAGUGGAUGGAUGCCAUGUAUGCUGUCCUCACAGUGUUCUGGGAAUUAACUGGGCAAGGUGAGGCUGGGUUAGAAACAAAUCAAAAGAGAAAGUAAAAAUGUACACCCUGGAUGGAUCCCUCCAUUGACUGCUCGGCUGCAGAGUUGUGAAGUGGAACAAUCCUGGAAGCCCUGGAGUUGCCACAGUGCUUGGUGGUGCCUCCUGUCCUGCUCAGGAACAGGCUAGACACACUGUGGACUAAAUACCCAGCUGUCAUCACCUCCCAGGGCAUCCCACCCCAGGAGGUGGCCCCUGCAGGAGGACAUUCCUACCAACAGAAGGGGUAUUUUGUCAUAAACACCAGCAAAGAAAAUUGGGGGAUUGUUCCCAACACCAAUAUGUCCAGGCUGACGAUGACUGACCCCGGGGGUCCCUUGGACCAGAGGAUGGAGGUUGGGGAGACCAAGGGCAAUUGUAGUUAUCCCCCACCACCAAGAGACCUCUCAGCUGGUGCAUGGCUACAGGACAGCUUAGUUUGGGCCAAAAAUGGAUAAAAUGGGGAAAAUGGAUUGAGGGAACCACUACCACAGGCUGUGUGUGGGAGAUGUGCCCUCGGGAGGUGCAGACACCACUGGUGGCUGUGAGAGGGUCUCUCAUGCCUGGGGACACCCCACUAGUGCCAGCGGGUCUCCACAUUUGCUGCUGGGACACCUCUGUCCCCAGGGAGCACAGCAACCACAGCUGGGGAAAAUCACUCCCUGAUAUUUCUUAGCUGUUGGCUGGUUUGCAGCUCUUUCUCUUCUUCCCCUGCCUCCUCCUCUCCCCGCAGUGGGGUAGGUCACAGCCAUGAAUCUGCUUGGCUGGAGUGCCCUUCCUUAAGAUUUAAGGUCUGUGGGAGGGAGCAGCCGAGGGCCCUGCAGUGUGUACUUGCAGUACAGCCAGGAGUGAGUGAUCCCAGCCAUAAAUCUCCUGCCGAGGUGUCGGGAGGAUGACGCGCAGGGGACGGCGUGACCUGUGCUGGGUGAGUGUGGCUUCUGCCCUCCAUGGCUAAAGAGGAGCGCUGUGACGAGUGCAGGUGUGUUCCCCGGGUCUGUAACACCCUGGCCCUUUUGGCCGGGGGCUGAUUUCUGUUGUUUGAUUUUAAAAAAGGGCGAGAGUGUGAUACAAAAUGCCUCUCUGCAUUAAUGAGCCAGCGCUGAGCCAAAGGCACCCAUCCUAGUGCUUCCCGGUACACAGGGGAGCUGGAACGGGGCUGGAGCUGGGGUGGGGUUGGAAAUAAUUGCUUAAUUUUUUUUUUUUUUUCUGUGGGUUUGGGGGCGUCCUGUGUAGGUUCUCUGGCAUCCAAGGCUCUGCACAUUAAUCCUACCGUAGCAAUGGGCUGAGCAAUGUGGAAUGGAUUGCCCUGGGGCUGGUCCUGGGUCAAAACCCAGAGUUCCCUCAGUGUUGUCAGCAUCUGUGUGAUGUGUCCUGACAGCUGAGCACUGCUGGAGCCCAAAUCUCUGGGGCAAAAAGCAAAAGAUGCCCAUGAAUCUGCAGGCAUCUGCACUGGUGCUUCCUUGGGUGGUUGGGGACAGAGCAGGGAUGAAUCCAAGGCCAUUGACCCAGCUGCUGCAGGACCUGAAGUAAUUCCCCACCUGGUUUUGGCUGUUCUUUUGUGCCUCAUUUUCUCCAGUGAUGGAGUUCAGAGCUGAGCUCAGCAUGUCCAGCCUGGCACAUUGCCAACAUAAUUCCUCCCUUUCAAUCCCGUUUGUCUCAGACCCUGGGCUCUCCCAGCUGGAAGGGAUGGAGUCACCCUACUGCUGCCUGGCUCCCACAGCAAUUCCCCCAGGAGCCCUGAGAGCAGCCCUGAUCCUCCAGGAACACAACUGGCUGCUGAGCCCCAAAAGCAGGAGGAACAGCUUAAAAAUAUUCUGGGAUGUAAUAAGCUGGUGACUUAAUGGGAACUUUCUCCUACUGAUGAGACAGCUACUUCUCCAGGAUGGAGACAUGAGGAAGGACCAGGGAUGGGUGAUGAAGGAAAGCGACUUUUGUGGCUUCUUCCCAAAGGAUGGGACCUCCAAGACAGAGUCAUUGCCUUUGGUGUGGGAUCUGGGGGCUGGGGUGGGUGUGGGGCCACCCAGGAGCGCAGGCUCGGCCCGCGGGGAGCUGCUGCCUCCUGCACAGCUGGGACAAGGGGUUGGGGUUUUAUUUAUUUGCAUCUGGAUUGCCAUGGUAUUUGUUUGCCUAACAUUUUCCCUAGCUUGUAGCAAGGCAAAACGCCACAGGCAACAUUAGCACACGCCCUCCUGCUCUGGCUGUGAGGUGGUUAAAGGCACCCUGCAUUUGGGACACUCACCCAGAGGGGCUUUGAGGAGCUUGAAGGAAAAGCCUUUCCAGUCUCCUGGGAUGGCCCCAGACUGCUGAGCAUCGAGGUGGGUGUUUGCUGUCCCUGCAAACAAACACUGGGGAAAUAAGCUGAAGACACUUUUCCCCUGGGCAUUCUGGAUGGGGUUCCAGUGUCACCUGUGCUGGGGUGUCCCUUCACUAGCAAUGGCAACAGUCCUGCCCAGCAAAGCACCAUGGAUGGAUGGCACUGAUGUCCCUGCAGUGUCCAGGACAGCGAUGUGCCAGAAGUCCCUUGGGAACCAUCAGCCCCAUGUCCCCUCCCUGUGGAAGUCCCAAGGCUGAUGAUGGUGUUUCUGCCAGGACACACUGGUGCAGUCCAGCACAAUCCCAUAUUGUUGGAGCUGGUAGCUGUGGGACAGACUGGAACCCACAGGAGCUUGACAGAGCUUGGAGCUGCUCCCCACGUGAUGCUCAAUACAGCCACAAGUGGGAGCAGAUGAUGCCAUUGAGCAGGGGACUGACAUCCCAAAGUGAAGCUAAGCAAAGGGAUGAAGCCAUUUCUUGGUUGGUUGUCUACAGACAUGAGGCUUUUGGGGCUGUGGUUCGUACCCAGCCAUGACCCCUCACACCAGUGCAUUGUCUGAAGGUGCUGAGACCUCCCCAACCUCAAGUCCCCAGAACAGGGCUGUUUUCAGCAUGACCCUGCCAGGAUGGGGAGGGCAGGAGCCUGGGAGAUAACAGGACCUGGCUCUGCCACAGAGCUGUGAGUGAGUCAUGUUGCUGUGACACUUAUGGGAAAGCAGCUCCAGUGGUGGCAGGUUCCCAACUCUCCAGGGUCAGGUUCUGAGGCUCCUGGGUAAUUCUGGCUUUACAGGAGUCUGAGAUUUAGUACUUUUUUGAUUGAAAGCAAACUGUCCAGGGUCAGGCUGUGUGUGGAGCAAUGGGAAUUCAGAGCUUUUAGCAGGACAUGCCAUGUGCCACCCUUCUCUUUCUGCAUGUUAGGGAAAGCAAGGCACAGGGAGGUGCCACAGCCAGCCCCUGGGCUGCCCCUGCCCCCAGGGAAGCUCCUCCCAGCCAACUUCCAGUCUCCAGCUGCCCUAACUGGGCCUCUGGCUCUUGUUCUCUGUCAGGCCUGCAGCCAAGAUGCCCUGUCAGCUUUUUGUGCCUUAUUUUUGUCCCUCCUAAAGCUGUUGUAGCCAGAAAAAAAAUUAAGUUGGGACCAAAAUAUUGAUGGAUUUGACAUUUCCCCCCACUCAAGUCACACUUAGGGUUGGGCAGCAGCUGCUGAGCACACACCUCUCAUGGGCUCACCACAAAUUCCAUAGCUCAAAGGAAGGUUUUAUAUCAAGUGAUGCUUCUUUGGGGCAAACUUGAACUCUGGGAAUUGCUUCUGGCCAUUCUGGGGGCUUUGGUCCCACAUGUGACCACAAUGGGAACUGUUUAAAGGGUCCAAAGGCACCAAGAACCCAGGGAAAUGCUGGCCCAGGGCUGGGAGAGUUUUGGCACCAUUGUAGCUACAUUUGGGGGCUUUGGUUUAGGCUGUAAAACCAAGUCACCACAAAGCCAGGCUAAGGAGAGAAACCUGGAGGAAGGAAGAUAAUUCAGUGCCAGGGAGAGAGUUUUGUUUGAAGAUUUAUUGAAAAAUGCAAUACAAGAAGCAAUACUGAACACUUAGGUCUGCCUAAACACUAUGGCAACUUUCCCUUUGAUUCACUAUGAAAAUCCAAAAUAACAGCUCCCAUCACUAGUUGACCUAGAAAGUUUUGCCAACUUUAAAAGUUCCUGUUUUUAUAAAGAGCUGUAAAUACCUAAUCUAGACAAUUCACAAUUGCCUUAAAAAAUUUUUUACAAAGCUCCUUCAUCUUCUCAACAAAAUCUUUUUUUUUUUUUUUUUUUUAACAAGUUUCAUCUCUAAGGCUGGGACACUACCACCUCUUAAGGUAAUUGUACAAUUAGGAAAAUCAGCAAACCACAGUUUAUUAACACCAGAAAUCAGUCAGUCCUUUGCCAACACAUCUCUGUUGGUCAGGGAUUGCUAUUGGGCAACCAGAGCUGCCAUUCCAGUUUAAUGGAGAAGAACAAGAGUUCCUUGCCUUCCUUUCUAUAAAAACAUUCAUUCAUAUAUAAAUAGCUUCCAUAUAAUGCAUAUUAUACAAUCAAGACAGUCUCUGGGUGAAUUUGUGGAGUGGGAAGAGCUGGGAACAUUCAUAUAAAUAGACCUUACUUAGCUGGUAUGUCCCCUAGAGCUGACACAGCACGCUCAGAGCCAAGGAUUUUAAAUCCCACCAGAGGUGGAAGGGGAGUGGGCAGCCCCACCAUGGCCUUGGCUGAGGGUGAGAGAAGUUUCUUCUGCUUUUAACUUGUGUCUUCUUCCCAGGCUCCUGUCCGGCUCCUGGGCUUGGGCACCGUGUUGGCAGGAGCAGGGCUAGAAACCCCUGAGGUCAGACAGCAGGUGAUGGCAAAGGGCACAUGAGGCCAUGACUUGUUUAAAUUACUCUAGGAGAAGCAAGAACUCAGCAGGGGGAAGUGUGAAAAUGGACAACCUGGAAACAGCCACCCAAAAUCCAAGGAAAAAAUACAAAUAGAGUUGUUAUAGUCUGCAGGCCCUUUAACAAGGGACAUCUGCAGCAACAGUGAGCAUAUCCUUUUGGAAAGGAACCACCUCUCCUGCCAGCAGGUUUCUCACCCCAGAAAUCCCCUGCUUGGGGUGUUUUGUCCCACUCAUCGUGCUCAGGGCAUGGGACACCCCAAGGGAACACCCACUGACCACAUUCCCCUAAAUUCUCCUGACAGCCAAGUGCCUUUAAGUGCUAUGGACAAACUUAAUUUAUCACACUGGCUCUGCCUGGUAAAGCCCAGAAAUCCUCUCAGCCCUUGCUCCACGUGCCCCUUCACUCCUCAGGGAUCUGUUGCAAGUGAGAGGGAAGGACUGAGCAGCAAAGAACUCAAUUCCCAGAAAAAGCACAGUGACAGAGGGUGCUCAGCAUGAUGGAUGUUUAAGGCAAGCAUUACCCAACUAAACUGAGGACAGCAGAGACACAGGCCUCUUCCAGGGCCUGUGUGGUGGAAUAAGGAAGGAAAGGGCUUUUCAGACGUGGAUAGGAAGACUUAAUCUCUGCACUAUAGCCCAGGACUCCCUAAAUCCCCAGAGCACAAUGCCCUGAGGGAGGCAGAGUGUCCUGGGAGGGAGCCCUGCACCAGAGCAGCCCAGAGGCAGCUGCUGGCAUGGCCAGCCUUCUUCCCAGGACCCAGGGCCAGCAAGGCUCAAAGAGAGGCAAAAUCCAGCAGCUCCAGCAGAGUCUCUGAUCAAUACUGACAGCUUAAUUAAAAUUGCACCUGAAGCUGAGAAGCUGCACCAGCCCCAGUGUAGUUCCAGGGCUGGUUGCAGCUGAACAGUGGAGGUUGCAGCCUGAGCUAAAUCCAGUGACUUCUGAAGUACAUGAUUCAAAUUUAAAACUGGAGAGCUUUUCUCUUUAUUGCCAUUUUUUUCCCAUCCUCACCUGAGGAGCAGAGAACUUCCUGCCCUCAGCUACCACUGUGCCACAAUAUAUAUAUAUAUAUAUGUAUAUUUGUACAUGAAAAAAAAAAAGUGUUCACAAGUGUCUGGGCAGACCCUUUACAGAGCUUGGUUGGUUUUUUGCUUCUUGAAUUUCAAUGGUGGAAGGACAAACCAGGCAAGAACAUUCCCAUGAAGCUUAGAGAGCAGCAGUGGGAGCACAUCCAGCCCCUGAAAUAAUGUUUUUGCAUCACCCCCUCUGUGCUGGAGAUGGCCCUGGAGGUCUGUCAGCUCAGCCUCAAGAUUCAGACAAUCACCCUGGUAUUUCAUUCCAGCAAGGGGGUCAUGAAGCCAAAUCCAGGCCUGCAGGCCAGUGUGAAAGAGGGAAUGUCAACACUUCCCAUGUGGUUUGGCUCUAUCACAACCAGCAACACCUGACACCUCCUAAAAUUCCUUGUUAAGCCUCUCCAAAUACAACUUGCAGGCCUAGGAAGGAUUGUCUAAAGGAGUUUAAAUUAAAUGAUAGUAGAUACACGCUUUGGGAAAUGGGUAACAUGUUCAGCUUUAAAUAGCACUGUGAGGGGAGGAAAAAAACCCAACCCAUGACUUACAAAAAUAAACCAAAAACCCCUCCCUAAUUUAAAAAUCAUGAACACAAACAAGUGAAAAACUAUGACAUCGAAAAGCUCAGUUCCUGUGAAUGCUGCACAAGCCUACCUUAACAGCAUCCUGAGUCCAAACACCUUAAACACACACUUCUAAGGGUUUUUUAAUUUAAUGGCAUCUAGAAAACACAAACAGGUGGGGAGCACUCGGCAGAGACACACGGGAAGAGGGUGAGAUGCUAUCACAGUCCUCUUAAAGCUCUAAAAUUCACAGUAUAAGAUACUUGAAGCAACUUCCAGUAUUCCUUAAAUCUAGUCAACUAUUCAGAUGUGUGCAUAGGCUACACCACAAAACCCUACUGUGAUCACACAUCAGGGCUGCAACCCAGUGCAGAGGGAGCUCGGAGCAGCCCAGGGGUCGCAGUGGGGCUGCAGCUCCCCAGAGCUACAAAAAUAAUCUAGAGGCAAUCGGAAAUGCUGCACAAAGUCUGACUCUUUGAACUGACUCUCCUGGAAGAAGGACCCAUGGCUUUGUGAAGGCGCAUACAGAUCCUGCGCUGGGAAUACGCACGGAACAGCUCCGUUAUCCCUGACGAGGCAGAGGGAAUACAAGUUAAAACAGGGAGCCCUGGAGCCCUGUGAGGUGGGAUUCUGUGUCUGAAGAGGCUUUGCGUGAGAGGGAAUGCAAAACUGAAAACCUGUAAAAAGUACUAGAAAUAUUUUAGAAGUUAGAAAUAUGGCAUAUUUCUGUUGCAAUAGAUAUUAAAAAAAACACCAACAAAACAAAACCCUAUAUCCAAUAGGAUCUAGUGGACUCUGGAAAAAUCCCAAGUAAAAUGUCAAAGCGCAACUCUUAAUAAAUGAUAUUAAUGUCUCUGA